AGAACAUGGUCAUCUCUUUCCUUUAUUAACGGAUGUGAAGAAAUCUGAUCCUGACGUGGUUUCUCCCUGUCUGUUUUAUCCUAAAAACUGCCCAAUUUCGCUCUCUCUAUAUCUAUCCAUCCUCAUUUCACGCUUCUCUAACAUCAAAUCUCUCUCUUUAUAUCUCCCUGGAACAUACCCUCUUCUCCAGGCUAAUUUCAUUUUCCUUUUUCAGCAAGACAUCAACUUCAAUGGAGAUGGAAGUCACUGGGGGCUGAGACUUGCUAAAUUCUAUGGCCUUGACUGAAAUUUGGGCAAUGUGUGGAGCAAGAGACUAUUUCAGAGGCUUACCGAACACCCUGAAUAAAACAAUUAAAAGAAACUACUUUAAGAGCAGAAUUUCUGGAAUGGAAUAUGAAUCAGACUGGACAAGACACAGAAAAACAUCAGCAUUUACUGCUCAAGCAAUUCGAUCUGCAACAUCUUUUAUGCCUUGGUCUUGUAAAAUUCCUAUAGGUGAUGGUUAUCAUGAGUUUCUUUAAUCAAAAUCUGUCAUUUGAAAGCACUGAUACAUUCUAGGGAGAUAUAGUAGAUUGAAUACAGUAAUCAUCUACAUCUCUCUUGAUUUUCUGAAAAUGCCGGGUAUUGUGAGUGGCAAGAAGAGAUUGACAGAGACAGAUAUUUGUCUCUCCAAUUCACUCACCCAAGAUAUGUCAACUUGUUCAAAGAGCAACCUUCUAUUAGCUUCUCAGGUUGCCGAAGAUAUUGACAGUCCCAUUCUACCGGGGCUGCCUGAUGAUGUGGCAAAGUAUUGUCUCGCACUUGUCCCUCGGCCCUAUUUCCCAGCUAUGGGGGCUGUAUGCAAGAAAUGGAGAUCAAUUAUUAGAAGCAAAGAAUUCCUUGUGGUGCGAAAAUUGGGUGGUUUGCUUGAGGAAUGGCUAUAUGUCCUGACUAUGGAUUCUGAAGGAAAGGAAAGCCACUGGGAAGUUUUGGAUUGCUUGGGACACAGACGUCAGCUUCUUCUACCAAUGCCUGGUCCUGUGAAGGCUGGCUUUGGGGUGGUUGUUCUAAAUGGAAAGCUUCUUGUCAUGGCUGGCUAUUCAGUUAUUGAUGGGACUGGCUCUGCCUGUGCAGAUGUUUAUGAAUAUGAUUCCUGCCUCAAUAGUUGGAGCAAAUUGUCAAAUAUGAAUGUUGCACGCUAUGAUUUUGCAUGUGCAGAGGUUGAUGGCAGAGUUUAUGCUGUUGGGGGCUAUGGAAUAGAUGGUGAUAGUCUCUCAAGUGCUGAGAUGUAUGAUCCUGAUACUGAAAAGUGGACCCUGAUAGAGAGUCUUCGCCGCCCAAGGUGGGGCUGUUUCGCUUGCGGCUUUGAGGGAAAACUUUAUGUCAUGGGAGGAAGGUCAAGCUUCACUAUUGGCAAUUCAAAAUUUGUUGAUGUGUACAAUCCUGAGAGGCACACAUGGAGUGAGAUUAAGAAUGGUUGUGUCAUGGUUACUGCUCAUGCUGUGCUGGAAAAAAAGCUUUUCUGUAUGGAAUGGAAGAAUCAGCGGAAGCUAGCCAUAUUCAACCCAGAGGACAAUUCAUGGAAAAUGGUACCUGUUCCAUUGACUGGGAGCUCAAGUAUUGGUUUUCGGUUUGGAAUACUUGAUGGGAGACUUUUAUUGUUCUCGUUGGAGGAAGUGCCAGGAUAUCGAACUCUGUUGUAUGAUCCUAAAGCUUCCCCAGGGUCAGAGUGGCAGACUUCUGAAAUAAAGCCAUCUGGAUUGUGCUUGUGCAGUGUGACCAUCAAGGCAUGAAAUGCUGCAUUGUCUGAGACUACAAGAUUUUAUUAGAAGUCUGGAAUGUAUCUGUACAUUUACUGGAUAUCUUUGUAUUAGUGGAAUGUCUCUCUACUUUUGAUUGGAUUGCACCGACUUCUGGAUUUCAGUUUCAUUUGUUGUUAUCACUGUGCACUUGUUGUUGCUAUGCCUAUGAAUCUCUUGCUACAUUACAUGUAUCAGAAUCAAUAACUGUAGUUGUCACUGUACACUUGUUGUUGCUAUGCCUAUGGAUCUCUUGCUACA